AUUUAUAUAAAAUUCUUAAUCAGCCAUGUUUACAGAACUCGCAUACAACGCCUCCAAAAGAAUCAAUUAAAUACAGACAGAUCUAUAAACAAGGGAAAAACUGAAAUAACAGAGUAAAUCGACAGGUCUCAUCGAUGCAGAAAUCAACUCCACUUUAAAAUAUUUAGGUGAAUAUGGAAAUUUGAUUUAGACAAUGAAUUGGAUUAAUUGGAUUUAGAGAUUAAGGGUUAUACAGCCAAUUAGAAUUGCAAUUUGUUGGCUAAGGAAAUUUAGAAAAGGAGAAAUUUAUACAAUGAAUUAGCUCAAAAACGAUAAGAGAUCAAAAAACGAAUUGAAUAGAAUCACUUAAACUAUUUAUAACAAUAAUUGACAUAAAACAAAUGUACUUUGGUAUGUUCUAUUGAUAGCAAACAAAAAGAAUUAUGAAAGUUUUGGGUAAAUGGAUGCUCUUAAAAUGCACGGUGAAAUAACUGAUAGAUAGGAUGAAUAUCUGAGUAAGAUUAAUGAUAAGGUUCUCAAUAUCAAAUAUUCAUCACAAAAUCUAAGCAAAUAAAUCAAAGAAUAAAAUGGAAUUAUAGAUUAAUUACACGAAGAUGUAUUUUUUAAUUUUUAAAGAUUUUUAGACUGAUUAUGCAAAUUAAGCUAUGAAUAGAUUGAAAAAUAAGAUGAAUUAUUUUUUAGAUUAAUCCAGUUCUUGGAAACUAUUAAUAAUUUUAUUUUCGGAAAUAUUCGUGUUUAUUUUUGUAGUCGUUUUCUGA